UUUUGAUUGACACAGUUGCGAUAUCGCGUCUACGGGUCUACCAUGUAGUGUGAAUUAAAUUAAGGUUCAAAUAUUCCCAAACAAAACAAGAUUAUUGAAACAUUUAUGUUUGAUACCCAAAUGCAGGUGGAACCAGCAACCACGAUGUCAUAAGGUUAAAGGUACCUACUUAGAUUGUGAGAAGAUGGAAACGGAGAGCGCAAAUUUCCUAGAUAAACUCCGUUUUAAGCAUGAAUAUCAGCAAAUUAGCGCAAUAGAUAGUUUAGAAGAUACCAGUGACGGCGUACGUAUGAAACUGCGCGCCCUUCUGGUGGCCUUGCUAGGAGUGUCGAUGUCUGCGUGUGCGUUCGCGUCGCAGCCCGUCGAGCUCGAGCUGGAAGAUGACGAGGUGGCACAGAAACUUAGCAAUGUCAGCUUUGCUCGACGCAUCACCAAACCAACCAUACGCCUUGUGAUGGGCUACGGAAAAUUGAGCGCUUUCGUUACUGCAGUCAGCUCAUUGCUUCUUCUCGUAGCCGUUAUGUCCAAGCAAUCAUGGUGGAGACGCGGCGCGCGCUGGUUAGCUGCGCCGGCGCUGCUGGUGGCUGCGUUGGAGGCAGCUUCGGACGCGGGCGAUGCGAUGCUGGCCGCCGCGCUCAGAGGCACCACUGAGCCCGCGAAGGUCGCCAUUCAAACCAUCGCCGCGGCCGUGCUCGUCACUGUCGAGAUCCUUGUUUGGUACUUUAUAGCGAAAUUCUUCGAGUACAAUCCACCGCCGCUCCCGGACCAGCGAACAGCACAAAAAGAAGCCUAUAUUAAAACUCUAGACCAUUGAUUUUUUAUUAAAAUAUUUAGUAAUUAUUGAAUAAAUACAUAAUUCUCUAAAGUUUA